AUGGAAGUCGACAGCGGAGCCGAGUCCUCCUGUCUGUCCGCUGCUUACGUUCCCGACGAAUUUCUCCAGAUGCUGAAGCCCUGUCCCUUCAAGGUCACCGGUUUCAGCCCAAAUAUUCCCGCCGAGCAGCCGAUGGGUAUCCUUCCCUGCCGCUUAUCAUUCAAUGGUGGCCCUGCAUUCUCCCUGAAUCUCACCAUUAUGCCAGGCAGUAAAUACCCAAGUCUACUGGGCCGCGAUAUACUAGAGAAUGCGAUGACGGACAGCUUCACAGUCGACAAUAAGAAUCGUACUCUCUCAUUUUGCUACAACGAAGCCUUCACACAAACUGAGACUCAAGUGGUGAAGCUGGACGGAGUGAAGCGGACCAAAAUCAAGAAAUACUUGACUACUAGAUCAGCGGUCAAGGAUAGCGAUCGAUCCCGCACUCAACCGCCACCAAAAGUCCCAAAGCUGGACGCACCUAACAAGAACGCAGCCAGGUGCCCCAUUCAGCUAGCGAAGCAAAAACUCGGAAUUACCCUACCAGCAAACGCCGACCCGGGGCAAAAGAAGGUGGUCGCCGAGCUGUGUUUGGAUUUCGACGACAGAUUCGGCUGCGACGGUCAAAAAAUGGGUGAAUUCCCAUUCGAGAUCGAAAUCCCGACUGAUGGUCACUGA